AUGGUCGCCUGUGGUGACGGAGACCGCUCCAACACAAUGGAACUCAUGGACACGCUACCCCAACAAACCCCCAUUCUUCAUACUCACUUCCUCUCGAAGAAGGUCGAGCUGGGCAAGGCGGCGGCUCUGGCUGCGUUGCACACCGAAGAGCCUAAGGACAGGCUCCAGGCUUACUUCGACGAGCUGAGAUGCCGCACACCUCCUUGGGACAUGGAGGUCUUCAUCGAAGGGGCCCAGAGGCUCUGCAGCACGUUCGGCCUCGAGCAAUGA